AUGACGCUGGUCCAAGUAGCCAGCAGUUUUUGUUUUGUGUGCUUGCUUGCUUGUUUGCUUGUCUACUUACAGGGUCCUAGCGACAUUGAAUAUCUGAGAGCUCUACUUCAGAGAAAAGGGAGAAGUGUCCUGGCAGACUACGAGGCUACUGGGAUGCUGUCAUUGACAUCAAGAAAGCUCCUCGUGAAAAUUGGUGUCAGCGAUUUGAUCGAGAGAAAGGGAUUUUAUCCACCAAGUGCUGAUAAGUCCAGAUUGGCCAGGUGUAUGGUUAACCUUUUCCCGUCACUGAAAAUCAGGAUGGAAGAUGAAAACGAAGGCUUUGAGCAUUUUUAUGACCCGAUAUCACAUAAUGGGUUCAUUGAGAUUCGACUUCGGAAUAUCAGACGGAGUCUUCAAGAUGAUCAACGCCGGUAUCAGCGCAAGCGUGGUCGGACUGCUAAUGCAUCUGGAGGAUCCAUAAUUUUGGAGAUGCCUGAAGAAGGGGAGGAGGCGGCGGCUGAAUGGAGAACUAUGAUAAAAAGAAUGCGACCAUCGCAAGAAAACAUGGCUAUCAUAAAAGAGGGUAUGGAGAAGACGUAUGCCCACAGAAGACUGUGGAUAACUUCAAGUUCGCCAACAGUGGAGGAGAUUUUUGCGGAGUAUCCACGUUUUGUGGAUAUGCCAAACUUAGUUUCCGACCCUGUAUAG